AUUUAUUGAUAUUUAUCAUAAUUUAAGAAAUGGACCCUUCUAAGGCACCUGACUCUCAACCUUUGAUCCCUCAAAAUCAGCAAUAUCCCACAGGAGCUCCUGGAAUUCCUCAGGCUCCUCCCCAACAGAUGCAAAUGCCUGCUGGACAGUAUCCAACAGGUCAGAAUAUGCCUUUUCAGUACCAACAGAAUCAAACACAACCAGGAAACUAUCAGCAACCUCCUCCUCCAGCUCCUGUUGGCACUCCGAUUGCCCAGUACGGUCCAAACACCGGAGGUAAUGGACAAGUCGCACCAAUUGCAAAUCCAUCAAUGUUCAGAGGAGUCACCACUUCAGUCUUUUGCCAAUGCCCGAGCUGUGGUCAAGCCACUCACACAAGAGUAGAGAUUGCAAACAGUCCAAUGCAAUGGAUCCUAUGCCUUAUAAUGUUCAUUCUUGGGCUCUGGUGAUGUUGCUGCAUUCCCUUUUGCGUUGACAGUAUGAAAGGAGGAAAUCACUAUUGCUCCUCUUGUAAUAGUUCGAUCGGCCAAAUUGGAAGUUAAAUCCUAAUCAUACCUAACAAUAAAUUUGAUCUCAUCUAUUGC